CGGCGCGGAGGGGACAUGCGCAGUGAGACGCCCAGAUGGUUAUAUAAAGGCCGCCUCGGGGGGCGAGCAGUAGCAGUUAAGCUGAGAGUAGUCAGUGUUGUUUGGGUGUUGGGUCUGAGUCCUCUCCACAGAAGCGGAGUCUCGGAGCAGAGACUCCAUUUUGGGGAAGGAGGCAACAAAAAGAGAAAAAUAAAUCCCACGCUUGACCCGGUGGGUCAGGAGGGGCUCAUGAUGUCGGAGGGGUCGGGAGACUUGCUGGGGGAGCGCAGUCAGGCGGAGGGCGGGCGGGCGCCUCCGUCUCCGAGCGUCGCCCGGGCGGGUCGGGACGGCAGAGGGCGAGCGCCGCCGAAGCCGAGCGACGCCGCCGCGGCUAAAGAGCCCGCAGCUCCGGGAGGCGGGGUCGGAGGCGGAACGGGAGGAGGCGCUCUCGCCGGAGGCAAGAAGCGGCACCGGCGUCGGCCGUCCAAGAAGAAGCGGCGCUGGAAGCCCUACUUCAAGCUGUCGUGGGAGGAGAAGAAGAAGCUGGACGAGAGGGAGAGCGUGCGGGCGGCCAAGACCCGCGCCGAGAUGUUCGCCAAGGGCUUCACGGUGGCCCCUUACAACACCACCCAGUUCCUGAUGGAGGAGCACAACCAGGAGGAGCCCGACCUGAACCCGGGGGGAGGAGGGGGUGCUGGUGCUGGAGGCCCCCCCCGGCGGGCCGUCAAGUCUGACGAGACCAGCGAGGAGGACGAGCUGCUGCUGCUGGACGAGGAGGAGCAGCAGGACAGCGGCAGCGACGGCAUGGGGGGCGACGGCGGCGGCGAGUUCCUGCAGAGGGACUUCUCCGAGACCUACGAGAAGUACCACGCCGAGAGCCUGCAGAACAUGACCAAGCAGGAGCUGAUCCGCGAGUACCUGGAGCUGGAGAAGUGCCUGUCCCGCCUGGAGGACGAGAACAACCGGCUGAGGGGCCGCCUAGACGGCGGCAAGGCGGCGGUGAUCGCCCGGGCAGGGGAGCUGGAGAACAGCAACAAACUAAAGGAACUGGAGCGGGAGAUGGAGAGGCUGAGGGCAGAAAACCUCCAGCUCCUGAAAGAGAACGAACUGUACAAACAGGAGCAGAAACUGUCUGAAAGUGUUGAUUGAACUAUGAGCUCUGCUUGUAUGUAUAUCUGUGUAUAAAUCUAAAUAUUUUUAGUCUGUACAGAGUCUAGGUUUUUUUUCCUCGGCAUUGUUUUUCCUUUUGAACUUGCGUUGUAAAUUUGAAACAAUCUUAAUUAUUUUGGAUUGGGAUGCACUUUGUUUUUCUCUACAUUUUUAAACCUCUGCCUUCGCAGAGAUGUUAAAGUUGACUUGUGUUUUAUACAAGUGAUUCCCCAACCAUUUUAUCUCUUCUGCAACACUUAUUGAUAAACGUGAAGCAACCAAAACUAUCAGAAGUACAGUAUUCAGUGCAAUGUUUUUAACAUUGUGUUUAUCUGUUUUAAUGGGGGUGCUCUUGCCUUAUUUUAGCUUCAUAUUGAGUUAGCUAUCAGCUAACUAAAACUUUGCCAAAUGAUUGCCUAUGGCACAAAAUCCAUCACUGCCGCCACUCUGGAGAAAACUUUUUUUUCUGAGCCCUCUAACAAUGGGGCUGUUUGUGGUUGUUCUGCAGUUUGCUGCAUUGUAGGCUGUUGAUCCUCUUGCCAGUCAUGUAAAAUUGUGCCCUCAUUCUUGUUUUAAAGCGUUAAUCUAGUUCAUGGUUUGGAAUAGUUUUGGAUUGUUCCACCAUGCCAUUGGUUUGUCAACCCAACUAGUUAGGCAAAACAAAUAGUUGUGUGCAUUUCCCACCAGAUUAGUUUGAAACCGACCUUUGCUUUUAAUGGGAUUUUCUGUACAGUUGCUUCCUGUGUUUCCAUUAUCCCAUAUUCUGCAUCUCGUUCAUUAUACUAAAAUGGUUUGAGAGAAACUGACCAGUAAAUUACAGUAUGUAGUUUUAGUUUAAAAUUCUGUUAAUUAAAAAUGAUGGUAACACUUUUUAAAAGAAACCUGAAAAGUUCCCCAAGAGUAUACUUGGAAGCCAGAAUCAAGAUUGUUGGGGUUAAAUUUGUAAAAUAUACCUUUUCAAUGGAUAUAUAUAUAUAUAUACAAUUUAAAGAAUAAAAAUGAAUGUCUUUAAAGAGAA